CCCGCCCGCCGUUUGCCAGCUCGUUACUUAGUAUCAACAAAAGCUUUGUCACAUUAAGCUGUCGCCAUGUUGAAAAAUGCAGCGUCCAAGGUGAUCUUUUCCGGCAUUCAGCCAACAGGCACACCUCAUUUGGGUAAUUACCUUGGCGCAUUGUACAACUGGGUGCAACUUCAGAAAUCCACAGACGCCACUAUAUACUACAGUAUUGUCGACUUACACGCUAUUACGAUGCCCCAAAACCCAGCAACACUUCGACAGGCCAAAAUUGAUAUGGCCAAGUCACUGUUAGCCUGUGGUAUCGACCCUAAGCGAAGUGUUUUAUUCGAGCAAAGUAAAGUCAAGGAACACGCCGAGUUACAAUGGAUAUUCAAUUGCAUUACCCCUGUAGGCUGGCUCAGUCGCAUGACUCAAUGGAAGUCCAAACUAGGAACCAACACCUCUUCUACACACUCACAAUCCCUCUCGGAUGAGACCCUUACCACCGGAUUGAAAAUGGGAUUAUUGGAUUAUCCAGUUCUCCAAGCUGCUGAUAUCUUACUGUACAAAGCUACCCAUGUACCUGUUGGUGAAGACCAGCUUCAGCACCUUGAGCUGACUCGUGAUGUAGCAACAUUAUUUAACAAGACAUUUAAAACUAGACUUUUCCCAUUACCUGAAGCUAUUGUUCCUCCAGCGACGAAACGAAUCAUGUCUUUACGUCAGCCGGGAUCUAAAAUGUCCAAAUCCGAUCCAUCCGACCAAUCUCGUAUCAAUUUGACUGAUAGUCCGGAUGAAGUACAAAGCAAGAUAGCCAGGGCACAGACCGAUGGCAUCCGAGGUAUCACGUUUGACCCCGUUAAUAGACCUGGGGUGGCCAAUUUGUUGAGUAUUCAAGCUGAGCUGGAAGGCCGGACAAUAGAACAAGUUGUGGAGGAUUUCAAAUCUGUGCAAAGCAACAAGGAACUUAAAGACAGGGUCACGGAAGUGAUUGUAGAAGCACUUAAGCCUAUACAAGCUGAAAUGCGUCGACUGGAUGCUGGGUAUGUUCAACAGGUAUUGAAUGAUGGCGCUGAUAAGGCUCGGUCAGUGGCUAGUGAAAACCUCCAUUCAUGCUUCAAAGCGAUUGGUUUAGUGUGAGGUGUAAUUUGUUAAUAAAAAGUAAUAUGAUUUUGAAACGGAG